AGAUAAAUCUGAUGCAGUAUUUGAUAUUACAGAAAAAUGUGGUGAAAUUCUGGAUGCAGAGAUGUCUGAGGACGCUGACCACAACUUAACACCGGCCCUCGACAGCUUGUCUUAUGGAGUACCGAAUCGAGCAGGACCUGAGAAUUCACUGCAGGGUGAUGAUCAUGAUUAUUUUCUGAACUCUGGGGAUCUUGCAGGCAUACCUGUUGUUGGGAGUGACAACGAAGAUGAUCAGAAUUUCACUCCAAAAGACACUCUUUCUGCAGCAAUUCAUGAUGAAGAUCAUCUGGAAGAGGGCAAGAGAGUUCCAGAUCAUGAACUGGACAGUGAAAAAGAAAUUCAGGUUCAGAAUGCAAUCCAGAAGGAUCUCACUUCCCCCUUUGAGCAGGGCCCUGUAUUUAAAUCACUUCGAAAAGAUUUUAGCAUAACACGAGAUAAUGGCAAAGAGACUUUUUCAGCAAAGGACAAGAAUAGAGAAGGACAUUUUCAAGAACGUGAAAAACGCUUGGAAAAAAUCCCUAAAGAUAUGGAUUCUAGAUUGAAAAGCAGUUUUCUUGACAAAGCAGUUCAUAAUCAAGUAGAAGAAACAUUACGGACGCAGUUAGCGCCACAAACUCCAGAAACUAACUUCAGGGAGUCUAGCUACCUAUUUUCUAGUAAGGAAUCUAUUGGACAAGAGCUGGGGAAUUCCUUUGCACCAAAUAUUAGAAUUAAGAAGGAGCCUUUGGAUGACGAAUAUGCUAAAGCUAUGGCCCCACAGCAGGGACUAUUAGACAAAAUUAAAGAUGAACCUGGUAAUUCUGAGGAGUACGGCCAGCAGCCAAAAUCUCAGGAAGGGGAGCUGAAAAUCAGUGCUGUAUUUUCAGUCAGUGGCAAUCCUCUUGUUCCACAGCUGUCAUCAGGUUUCCAGCCUGCUGUGGCAUCCUCUGGCAUGAGUAAAAUGCUACCCUCAGUUCCAAGCACAGCUGUUCGGGUUUCCUGUUCUGGCUGUAAAAAAAUCCUGCAGAAGGGGCAAACUGCCUACCAGAGGAAAGGCUCAACCCAGCUCUUCUGCUCCACACUGUGCCUCACUGGAUACACCAUUCCAGCUUCUCGCCCACCAGCUUCUACCAAGAAAACCUGCUCAAGCUGCUCAAAAGAAAUUCUAAACCCAAAGGACGUAAUCACUGCCCAGUUUGACAACACAGACUCCAGUAAGGAUUUCUGCAGCCAGUCUUGUCUGUCCACAUAUGAACUGAAAAGGAAGCCCAUUGUCACUAUCCACACCAACAGCAUUUCCAGCAAGUGCAGCAUGUGCCAGAAGAAUGCAGUGAUCAGGCACGAGGUGAAUUACCAGAACGUGGUGCACAAGCUCUGCAGCGACGCCUGUUUCUCCCAGUUCCGCUCGGCCAACAACCUGACCAUGAACUGCUGUGAAUACUGUGGAGGAUACUGCUACAGUGGCUCUGGCCAGUGUCACAUCCUGCAGAUAGAGGGACAGUCCAAAAAAUUCUGCAGUUCCAUAUGUAUGACAGGUUACAAGCAGAAGUCAGCUAAAAUUACACCCUGCACACUGUGUAAAUCUCUGAGAUCUUCAGCUGAGAUGGUGGAGGGCGCAAAUAACUUGGGGAAGAUGGAACUGUUUUGUUCUGUUAACUGUUUGUCAGCCUACAGAGUAAAAAUGGUCACUUCUUCAGGUGUUCAAGUUCAGUGCAACAGCUGUAAAACCUCAGCAAACCCUCAGUAUCACUUGGCUAUGUCAGAUGGGAGCAUACGCAAUUUUUGCAGCUACAAUUGUGUAGUAGCUUUUCAGAAUCUGUUCAACAAGCCUGCAGGACUGAACUCCUCAGUGGUGCCCCUGUCUCAGGGCCAGGUCAUUGUGAGCAUCUCCUCGGGGACAGUGGUCUCAGCCACUGGCACCACCUCCACUGUGUCCCCCAGCUCCACGAGCACCCCAGCUGCAGCAGGGCUCCAGAGGUUGGCUGCCCAGUGCCAGCAGGUCACCUUUACCCGCUCUGUUGUGAAAAUCAAGUGUCAGCACUGUAACAGAUCAUUUGCCACCAAACCAGAACUGCUUGAUUACAAGGGUAAAAUGUUCCAGUUCUGUGGGAAGACCUGCUGUGAUGAGUAUAAGAAGAAGGGCAAUAUGACAGCUUUGUGUGAAUACUGCAGGUUUGAGAAAAUUAUCAAGGAGACAGUGAGAGUCUCAGGCAUAGAGAGAACAUUCUGUAGUGAAGUUUGUAAACUGCUCUAUAAACACGACUUGUCUAAGCGCUGGGGAAACCACUGUAAAAUGUGCAGUUACUGUUUACAGACUUCCCCCAAACUGGUCCAGAGUCACUUUGGGGGGAAAACAGAGGAAUUUUGCUCAGAGGAGUGCAUGUCUAAAUUCACGGUUUUGUUUUACCAGAUGGCAAAGUGUGAUGGUUGUAAGAGACAAGGUAAACUCAGCGAGUCCAUAAAAUGGCAAGGGGAGAUGAAGCAUUUUUGCAAUCUGCUUUGUAUUCUGUUGUUCUGUAAACAGCAAGGUGCUCCUGACCCUCCACUCCCAAACAACACAGGUGCAGUCCCUACUGUGACAGCAAAAACAAUAGGAGAUGCAAGUACCCAGACAGAUGCCCUAAAGCUCCCAUCAUCAAAACCACCCAGGCUUCUGAAAAACAAAGCUUUAUUGUGUAAACCAAUCACCCAGACUAAGGCCACCUCCUGCAAACCUCACACACAAAACAAAGAAUGCCAGACAGAAGAAGAAGCACCUGCUCAACCCCAGAUCAUUGUGGUUCCUGUUCCUGUACCAGUGUUUGUGCCAGUGCCCCUCCACCUCUACACCCAGUACACACCAGUUCCCCUGGGAAUGCCAGUACCUGUACCAGUUCCCAUGCUCAUCCCAACUACCCCGGAUAAUGCUGAUAAGAUCAUUGAAAAUAUUCAGGAAAACAAGGAAAAGAUUUCCAUUAAUCCAUUUGAAGCUGAUCUCCUUCAGAUGGCAGAAAUGAUUGCAGAAGAUGCAGAGAGAGAAAAAACACACUCUCAUGGUGGAUCUCAAACAUCCGAGCACGAGCUCUUCCUGGACCCCAAGAUAUUUGAGAAAGACCAGGGCAGCACGUACAGUGGAGAUCUGGAAUCAGAAGCAGUGUCCACUCCACACAGCUGGGAGGAGGAGUUGAAUCACUACGCCUUACGAUCCAAUGCCCUGCCAGAACCUGAUCCAGAACUCAAGCAGUUCUCCAAAACUGAUGUGGAACAGGACUUGGAGGCAGAUUUCCCAUCAGACUCAUUUGACCCUCUCAGUAAAGGACCGGGUUUACAUUCACGUUCACGGGCAAGACGGAGACACAGGGAUGGCUUCCCACAGCCAAAAAGAAGGGGACGGAAGAAGUCUGUAGUUGCUGUGGAGCCCCGGAGUCUGAUGCAGGGCUCCUACCCCGGCUGCUCUGUUUCUGGGAUGACCCUCAAAUACAUGUAUGGGGUAAAUGCCUGGAAAAACUGGGUCCAAUGGAAAAAUGCACAGGAGGAACAAGGGGACCUGAAGUUUUCAGUUCAUCCUGUGAAGCUCAAGGAGGACAUUCUCUCAUGCACAUUUGCUGAGCUGAGUUUUGGCUUGUGCCAGUUUAUUCAAGAGGUGCGGAGACCAAACGGAGAAAAAUACGACCCUGACAGCAUCUUAUACUUGUGCCUUGGAAUUCAGCAGUACCUGUUUGAGAAUGGUAGAAUAGAUAACAUUUUCACCGAGCCCUAUUCCAGGUUUAUGAUUGAACUUACAAAACUUUUGAAAAUCUGGGAACCUACAAUUCUUCCAAAUGGUUAUAUGUUCUCAAGAAUUGAAGAGGAACACUUGUGGGAAUGUAAGCAGCUGGGUGCAUAUUCCCCCAUCGUUUUGUUGAACACCCUUCUGUUCUUCAACACCAAAUACUUCCAACUAAAGAAUGUCAGUGAGCACCUGAAACUGUCCUUUGCCCAUGUUAUGAGGCGCACCCGAACUCUGAAGUAUAAUACUAAGAUGACAUAUUUACGUUUUUUCCCACCCUUUCAAAAACAAGAGGUAGAAUCAGAUAAAUUAUCAGUAGGCAAAAGGAAACGCAGUGAAGAUGAGGAGGUUCCAACAGCAGUGGAAAUGGCUGAAAACACAGAUAAUCCCCUCCGGUGUCCAGUCCGACUUUAUGAAUUUUACUUAUCAAAAUGCUCGGAAAGCGUGAAGCAGAGGAGUGAUGUGUUCUACCUGCAGCCCGAGCGCUCCUGUGUUCCCAACAGCCCCAUAUGGUAUUCCACAUUGCCAAUAGACCCAGGAACCUUGGACAUCAUGUUAACAAGGAUUCUUAUGGUGAGGGAGGUACACGAAGAACUUGCCAAAGUCAAAUCAGAGGACUCUGAUAUUGAGUUAUCAGACUAACUGCAGUGGGGUAUUUUCCUUUGAAUACACAUCAGAAGCACCAAAAUGUGAAUACGUCCAGCCUUUGGAAAAUGUGUAUCAAAAAAAGCCAAGAUAAUGUCACCUACAGGCAGAUUUUGUACCACAGUGGAUGUACAAACUGGAACUGGAAGGAAGCAAGCUGUGUAAGCUGCAAGUCCCAACGUCCUGCAGCACCGAUCAAUGCUCAGAACAAAUCCAAGUUGAACUCACCCAUUGGAUUGGUGCAUAAAUCCUUUAUCUGUUUAGGAUUUUUAAAAGUUGUGAGAUUUUUUUAAGGAAAAUGGUUGUGUAAAAUCUACCCUCACACUGGUGGGCAUGGAGAGCUAGAUUGUGGCUCAGGUGACUUCCCAGCCUGCUGGCUGGCAGCCCUUGCUGCCAAGGAACGCGUGGAGAUCCUUGAGCUCUUCGAGAGGAUACGAGAGAAAGGGGUGAGGUUUAGACAAACAGACACUUCUGUUAUAAAUACACCUACACCUACACUUUUAUAAUUUUUUUUUUUUUUGGAAACUGGGAUCAAAUGGUAGGAAGGCAGGAGCCACUGGCCAUCCCAAUGGACAACUCUGGCUGCUGUUAACUGGUCACACGAGGCCGGACUCCAGCUCCCGCUCCGGGUUCGCGCCAGCUCUAGCUGUGUUGGAAGAGGUGCUGUAGGUCAAACUUCCGAGUGACCUUUGGGGAAUGUCCAGGAGGGGAUGUCCUGGGCUCUGUGCAGAAUUCCUUUCCCAGCCCAGUAGCUCUGCAGUCUGUCCAUAUAACCCAGCAAAUACUGUGGUGCACGGAAAGUUCAUUUCCCUUAAGGCAGCUUUCCUUUCUCCUCUUUCCCUACUCCUAUGGUUUUGAUUAUUUUGUAAAGCAAAUCUAGAGAGGGCUUUGUCAUUUCAAACAGGAAUACACACACACUCUUUCCACCUUUGCAACAUGGGCAGUGUUGUACAAAGGAUGCAGUAUUACUUCUGACAACAGAACUGUGGUAGAAAAUGACCAUGUGUGUUUUUAUCCCGCCCCACCCAAAGAGAUUUAGUCAUAGUGUUGGAAAUCGAAAGAGAUUUUUUUUUUUUAAGGCUUGGCUGUUACUGAGUCUUUUGGAAGAGAAAAGCUCCCAUGUGGUGUUUGGAGGACAGGACUUUAUCAGAUACUGUCUGUAUCUCUGUUUUCUCAAGCUCAAGGUGUGUGUUUCUGGUGACCAGUGGUCACAAAUUCAUUGGAAACCCAAGCUAUUUUUGAAGAGGAGAAUUGUAUUGUUUUUAUCUAGCUCUGGUCAGUUAUCCAUCUUCUGUAACAAGGGUCUGAUAUUUGAGCUUGUCACUAAAAUUUCAAGAGAUGAAAAUCAACAGCCUUGAAUAAUAUUUCAGGUUUUUUGUUUUGUUUUGGUUGGUUGUUUUUUUUUAUUAUUAUUUUUUUAGCAGUUACAAAAGUAAUUUAACAAAAAUAAAAUCAGAAAGUAGUCUAUUGACGUUGUGUACUCGGUAGUCCUGUCCCUGCCUGUAACAGAUUUCACUGAUGUAUUUUUUAAUACAGAAAAUUAUGUGAAAAGUAAAACCUGCCCCUGAUUCUGUCUGACCAAAGCCCAUCUGUGUCUGUCAUUUCUGAGCAAAGGUUCUGCUUUCUCCAUGGCCUGGCAUUCCCAGGGGAGAUGUUUUGGCCACUCCUCAGCACAGGGAUGCUCCUGCAGGCUCAAUUCUUGCUCCAUGAACACCAACCUGCCCCUCCCCAUUGUUACAUUGAAUAGUGAAAUUGCAGGCAGAGUGGAUUGGAUUGGGAAGCUUCAGGGAAAACAAAAUCAUGCUGGAAAGAUCAGUUUUGUAGGGGAUUAAGAAUGUCUGAGGUGUGCAUGCUGCUCACAGGAGUGCCCAGAGCCUCGGUGGCCGUGGCACAGGGGAGGCUCCAGGAAUUCCUGUGUCUCCUGGGCAGCUGCUGGGGGUUUUCCCUCCUUCCCUGACCCCCCUGGGAAUGAGCAAGGCAGCAGUGAGGACAGGAUGGGGGUGGUGUGAAAAAUAAUCCCAAAGUUGAGUGUUCCUUAAUAGCAGUUAACAGAAAUAUUCCCAUAGAAUAACACAGGAUAUUUGUACCUUAUAAGAAACACUUUUCUUCCUCUGAACAUCCUCACUGUUUCUUGUCUGGGAACACUUUCAUUGAGGUCAAUUUUUUGCAGGCAUUUAGAAUGAAAGAUUGUCUCAGCAAGGCAAGUGAAAUCACUUUAACUUUCACAGGCUGAGAGCAGAGUUGUUAAACAUUGUGUAAACUCCUUUGGUGUGGUGACUGUGACAUGACAAAGAUUUCAGUGCAGUUCCAUGGUAAUAAUUAACACAGUAAGUAGUUUUAGUUUCUAUUUCACUCCUGCUUGGAGGCCCUUUGGCUGCUUUUCCCAGGGUCUGCCUGGGCUGGUUUUGCCUCAACUCAAGUCCACACUGAUAACACAAGAAGGAUUACCUUGAAGGAUUAAAGUAUAUAAAAAUUAUACACACAGGCUCAAAGUUCUGAACACAAGCUUCUUUGUAAUCAACAUUUCUGACUGCUGAGCACACAAGAUUUAUUGAAAUAGUCUUUUAAACAAAGAAAAUCAACUGUGUCCUGCUGAAUCCUAGAUUUAACUGGGCUGGAAAAGACCUUUAAGGUCAUUGAGUCCACCCUGAGAGCUAACACCAGCUUUUAACCAGACCAUGGCACUGAGUGCCACAUCCAGUCUUUUCUUAAACUGUAGUUUCAGUGUGGAUAGAGAAGCAAUAAAGAUGGAUGUGAGAAAGAAAAAUGGAAAACUUCCUGCUACCAGGGUUCCAGCAGCUCCCAGUGCAGGAGGUGCUCGGUGCAAACCUGCUGCUCCAUCCUGGCCUCACUUCACUAAAGAAGGGAGCUGGGGGCACACUGAAGGCCACAGAACUAGGUGCAAAAGGAAGUUAAAUUACCUUGGGAAUUACUCUGCCAACUACUGCUAAAAAAAAAUCCCAGGAUUUCUCUGGAAUAGUUUCCAACUCCUCGGAGACUUAAAACAGCAGCAAAGUCCUCAUCACGUGUCCCAAGCUGUGCUGCUGCUUCAGUGCCAGGGCUCACAGAGGUGACUCAGAGGAAAGUGCAGUAAAGUCAUUGGGUUUUUGGUAACAAUCUCAGUAACUCCCCAGUCCCCUGAGCAGCAGUUUCUCUGUUGCCUUAACAACCAAAAAACCCAGAACAAAUGCCCGUGCACCCAAUGCUUACUGUGCUCGUAAACCUGGCAUGGCUGGAACUUUGCUCCCAUCAGCACAACAGGUUCCUCCCCAAUCUUCCUUGACCUGUUGUUCUUUUUAAACAUUCCAAAGACAAAACAAAGAUUUGCUGCCUUCAUUAAAGAGCUGCUCCCUGGCAGUACUUCUCCCUGUAGUACUUCUGAUAUGAUAUGUAAGAGAUAAGUUUUGAGCCCUUGAGCUCCCAAGCAUUAACUGUUGGGGUUUGUUUUUUCUUUUUUUUUACCUGUGUAUGAGCAUCAAAAGUAUGUAAAAAUCACUGAGCAUUGCUGAGGAGAAAGGCUAGAAAGAGUUUUGGGAGCACUGAAAUGGGUGUGUUGUGCCUCUGAGAGCUGCAGGUCUUGUCUCAUGUUGCCAGAGUUUCACUCCUGCAAUGGGUGAUGUGACAGAGGGGUCCCCACGGGAUCCCCCCCUUUGCCUUACAGGGAAAUCCCUUUGGUCCAGCACCACAGAGCUGGGCAGGUAGGACUGACUCUGCUUUUGCAUCUUCCCCAAGAGGAAACAAUUGGUUUGGAAAUGACGUGGGGGUCAAAUGGUUUUGCACAAUAUUGCUGUGUUUGUUAGGAAGUUGACCCCAACCCUUUUUUAGGUGGAUUUUUUUAAACUAAGGAAAAAAAAUCACUCAGUCUGACCACUGGCACCAACUUCUUCCAGCAGCAGAGCUAUAAGAACUUGCCUUUUUAUCUUCAGUUUCCUCACCACAAUCCCAAGGAGCAUUCCAGAAGUUUUCUGUUGUGUUGUGCUUUCAGAGUGAAAAAUUUUGGACAUGCCAGGAAGAGCAAGUGGCAGAAGAGCUGUUGCAAGAUUCUGGGAAUGUGCUUUGGGGAGGCAGGUCAUUGAUGGGACAUGGCAAAACACUCAUAUAAAUAUUAAGUCCCUAAGAUUCAUGGUUUUAUAUUGCAAAUAUCUCACAGAGGAGGUCCUUGGUGUUCAGCCACUGGCACCAGUUCUGAUUCUGCUCCAGGGAGUGUCACACAGAUGCAGAAUGGUUUUUAAAGUCAUAAAGGCUCAAAAGAACUUGGGCAGCUUGGAUUCCUCUAGCCACAGAACUGAAAUGUCCUUUGGACAUCACAUUGCCUAAGCUGAUGGAUUUUCAGCAGACAUUCAGCUUUUAUUAAAGAAACAAGACCUGGGAUACCUGACUUUCACCUGCCAGGUGGGAGAAGGGAAUUUAUGACAAUGAAGCAGUGAAGUUAGACAGAGCUUUACACCCCAAAUCUUAAAAUUAAUCCCAAAAUGAAAAUUUUGAUCUUGGAAGAUCCAAGUGGAUGUGGGCAGCACAAGCCACACACCUCAGCUUUGUUGCCUUCAUUCUUAGUCAGCCUUUGGAUAUGUCAACAGAGGGGCUUGGGCCUCUGAGUGCUGGGCUUUUUAUCCUCUCUUUUGCAUAUUUAUGGCACAAACAGCCAGAACAAUUCGCAAAGGUCUUUUUGACCUGCUGGGAGGCAGGCUGCAGCUUUGGAGAGAAGGGUGAGGGUGAUGGCACCUGAACUUUCUCCCCAGCUAAGCCACGGACUGAUCCCCCAGCCCCAGCACACACUCCCUGUCACUCCUGAGGAUCGAUGACACCUCAUGUCUUGUCCCUUCCAGUCUGUACCCUCUGUAAAUUGGCCAGUCUUUCCUACCUCGUUUGGGCAUUAUGAGGCAGAAUUUGCAGCCCCAUGGUGAAAGGUGCUAUAUAACUGCAAAGUGUUACUUCAGAAGAUGUAACCAGGUCACCAGUGCAUCAUAACCUAUAUGAAACAGACAUUUUCUAAUACGAGAAUUUAUAGAGUUCAAUGUAUGGUAUUCAUAAGUGAAUUAUUGAGACCCUCAAAAGAGUUCUUGUUUCAAUCGUAUCUGUACUCUGGAAAAGUGAUUAAAAACCUUUAACCUUAAUAAAAGACUGCAUCCAUC